UUUCAUCUUGAAAAUAUCCCGAUACAAAAUUUUGAUAUUUUUUUUUAUCUCUAUCCUGUAUUUCUUUCCUUGAGAUGUGCGCGAUUCGUAAUUCGGCAAAAAAAUGUGUGAUAAAACUGACAUUUAUCUAAAAUAGAAAAUAGAGUACCUAUUCAAAAAACAUAUAUUUCCCUAGCUAUAAGUUUAGUUAAAAAUUUAAACAUAUUUCAACAUGUUUUGAGUUCUAAAUCUUCUCAUUGCCAAAUUACAAGUGUAUUCAAAAAAUAAUGUGCUAAAUUUUGUUGUUUAUUGUAAAUAAUAUACGGAAAUGCGGCUGGGCGUGUGCUUGGCACCCGUUUGUUGAUCGCGAUCAGUAUUUAGGUGUUAGAAUGAUGUGUUAGAAUUGAAGUGUGGGCAGCAUGAGGUUCAAUAAGCCGGAGCUGCAGGCGCUAGCGUCCCAGGCGUCGCAAAACUUCGAUAAAGAAGGGGUGUUGGUCUUCAGGGAGCGACAGGAUGGUUUCUUUCGGAGAUCUGAAGGGUGCUCUCUGCGCUGGUUCCGCCUGCGCGGCAACUUGCUGUUCUACCUAAAGGGCCCCGAGCCGUGGUAUGAGCCCAUGGGCGUCAUAGUCCUGGGCCACCAUCAGACCAAGACCCAGCCGCCGGAUGAGAACGGCCACUGGCCCUUUCAGAUAGUAUGGGACAACGGCAUGAGCUACCGCAUGGCGACGCACCACGAGUCGGAGCGCACGCUGUGGCUGAAAGCAAUACAAAUGGCGCCCUACGACAACAUCAAGGCGCAGAUUGCGUCGUUGAGGGCUCGGCUUAACAAGAUACGACCUCAUGUUGAUAUAGCCACAUAUAGGCUGCAGAGAGGCAUUGUCACUGACAUGAACGAGGUGCCUCUCUGCGAGCUAGCGCUGUCCUGCGACAAUCUCCUGUGCGACACGCACGGACGCCCCCCCUCACCCCUCGUGGUCCUCUACGUUCGUUACCCUAAAGGCCUAUGCGUUCGCUAUGGCACCACCGAGGUCGUUGAGACGUGCAGCAAUCCCUGCUUCUCAAAGACCAUACUGUUCCGAGCGAGCGACGGUCUCGCCGGAGAUGCGGUGGUACGCAUAGUGGUCUACGACGUCAAGGAGAGGGUGUCGGAGACCACCGUGCCUAUGGGAUAUACCUCGCUGACACUCGCUACUAUACAGGAUUCUCAACGUCUACGAGUGGCCUUAUCAACUCGCGAGAACAAGACCGUCGGCUUCGUGACCAUCAACGGCUGGAGUCUGGAACCCUCAUACAUCGGCAGCCCAAUACACACCGACAAGACUGUAGACAUUCACAAAAUACAGUGCCACCGUCGCUCACAGUCCCUGCCGCCUCGGUUGGGCUUGAAGUUGAAGUUCCCGUCGUAUGGGAACGUGCUGAAGCAGAACUUCGUGAACAGCCACCAAGUGACGUACAGGUUCCAUUCGGGGCUGGGCGGGGAUAUCACGGUGCACGAGGUUAUGGCUGAAGCCAAGAUCUGCUUUCAACUGCCGGCUGAAUUGCUGGACAUGUACAUCCAGCGCGAGAAAGAGUUACUGGAGCAGCUCCUCUCCGUGGGCGAGAUCUGUGGGCACUGGCAGCACAAGCAGUUGGAGCUGGUCGGGGCACACGUGGCCCUGUUGAAGCACUACUGUCGGUGUCGACGGUGUUUGGCCAGUCCGGAGGCGCAUUUCAAGCCGAGCGCCAAAAAAGAGCACGCGAGCCUUGAGUUCGCGCCGAUCAACCUGCACCUCCAGCGCAUGUGGGUUCACAACGACACCCUCAACAAGUCCGGCUUCCACGACGUUAUUACAGCUGGUGCAUUCGCCGUGCAUACUAAUAAGAAUGAACGCACAGGGGGACUUAUACGAUUAGUCCAGCAAGCCAAAGACGUGAAUAGCACGAAAGCCGCCAUAGAUUCAGCCACCGCCAACAAGAUACAAGCGGAAUAUGACAACGUAGUGGCGAUCAGGACGCUUCGGGACGAUAUAGCGGGUGGAGCCGCGCGCGUGUGCAUGUAUGUGCAGGCCGGGCGGGGGGAGGAGGCUACGGCGGUUGUCGAGGAUAUAAAGAGCAAAGUAAAGAAUAUGAUCACUCUAUGGGACCCGAACGCUAUAGAGGAAUCACUCUCAGUCAUCGGCUGGCCUCAGAAAAUCAGCAACGAGUCAGAAAUACAGACAACGUGCACAAUAAAACGCCUAAUUGAACAACUCAGCUCCACCGACACCCACAGCUCCGACUGCGACACCCUCUCCUCCUGUUCCUCCUCCAAAGACCCCUCCCCCACCACUGACCCCCCUCCACUAUCCUCGAGCGCCCCCAACAUCAACAAGAACCUCGAGUUCCACAACGAUUACUUCGAGAGUGAACGGAAACUGUUCAACCGUUCGUUCCGUUCAGUUCGUUCGCAAACGCCGAAAUUGAAUGAGCAAUGUCGGUCGUUGGAUGCGAAGAAUGAGUUUGGGAGUGUCGAGCUUCCUUAUAAGUGCUUGGAUUUGAGUGCGGGGAAGAAGACGAGCUACCAUAGCCAGGACAUGGGUCAAACAGACCCUGCAGUGAAAGAAAGCAAUCUGUUUUGUCUAAAACACUUGGCCAUUGAGCUGCAAGAAGCUUUAGAAGCCUACAGCUCUACUGCGGCGGACGCUGCCCAAUGUAAAGCCUCCCUCGAGCUUCUAGAAACGCACGCAGCCCGCCUCCUAACAUGCGCGCGCGCGUUAGUGUCCCGCGCGAACGUCGCGCACGCCGCGUUGCGUUUACGCUGCGAGCCCGCGCAGUGGACGCGGGAUCACGCGCAGCUGCAGGCCAGAAGAGACAAGUGCUUCAGUCAGGCGCUAACAACCGUAACAACGGGCCUUGUAUCCUGGCUAUGCGGGGCGAAUGCGCACAUAGUUUCGCUCCUCUCGUCGGGUCUGGGCCCGCUGUGCGGGUUCGAGGGGCUACUUAGUCUGUACGCGGCCGAGCGUGCCAUGUGGGGCGACAUGGCCGUCGCGGUCGAGGACUUACAUACUGUGCAGUUCACGUUGAUUAAAAACGAUUACAACAAUGUCUUACCUCACGUAUCGGGGACGCGAGGUUCCCUGUUCGUGCACAUACCAAUCUCAGACUCCCUAUACGCCAAAUUUACUAAUAAAGAGCACCUAACCUUCACAAUAACGGCCGUAUUCUUUAACAUCGGCGUGAAUGAGAAGGCCACGCUGGCCGAAGCGCUGGGCGAGACCACGCCGCAGCAACACUCCAACUGCGACAACUAUGACCGGAUGCACAAGUAUUAUCUUAAGUACUGCAAGGUGUGCCCGCAGGACCACACGGCUAGAGCCUCAUCACGAACAAAGCCGCUGGAAGAAGUAAUGGAGAACCUCAGGAUAGCGGUGCAUAAGAAGGUGCCGAAAAACGUUGAGGUGCUACAUCUAGCUGCGCUUGCCACAAGACUCAUGAACGGUAUUCGAUUCACGUCUUGCAAAAGCGCCAAAGAUCGCACAGGCAUGUCGGUCACCCUUGAGCAAUGCUCCAUCCUCGCCUCCGAAUAUCAUCUCGCUGACACCGAGAUGAGGAAAGCACUCGCCAUCAUGAGAAGCGAGGGCUGCCGCCGAGAGAACACGUACAAGAACAUCGGAGUGAGGAAAUACGCUUUCACGAAGAAGCAAGUCGCAGCCCUACCCGAGGACUAUAGGCCUCCCCCCGGCACCUUCAGCUCUUCGCAAACUUAAGUACUUCCCUCUUAGAUCCUGACUGAAACAUCCCCUCGUGACCCGAAGCCCCCUUUUAAGUGGUACGGAGAGGCAAGUAGCGGCACCCGAGGACUAUAGCUUUCCCAGGCACCUUAAAUUCUUCGCAAUAUUAAGUCCUUUUGUCAAAAACUUUUACCUGACUCUCAUAGGGAACAAGGCCCCUUCGCAAAAGGGCAAAGCCCCAUUUUAAGUGGAGCAUGCAUAUUUAAAACACCUAGAGUAUAUGUAUCUCUGAAGGUAGGCGAGUACUUGCCUCUGUGGGCUUUCCCUGGCAUCUUAAAAUCUUCGCAAUCUUAAGUCCUUUUGUCAAAAACUGUUACCUGACUCUCAUAGGGAACAAGGCCCCUUCGCAAGAGGGCAAAGCCCCAUUUUAAGUGGAUCAUGCAUAUUUAAGACACCUAGAGUAUAUGUAUCUCUGAAGGUAGGCGAGUACUUGCCUCUGUGUGCUUUCCCUGGCAUCUUAAAAUCUUCGCAAUCUUAAGUCCUUUUGUCAAAAACUUUUACCUGACUCUCAUAGGGAACAAGGCCCCUUCGCAAGAGGGCAAAGCCGCAUUUUAAGUAGGUCAUGCAUAUUUAAAACACCUAGAAUAUAUGUAUCUCUGAAGGUAGGCGAGUACUUGACUCCUUCACUCUCUUUAAGGGUCGCUACACCUUUAAUUUUUUUCUUCGCCUCGACAAAGAGGUAGUACACUUUUUAAGGGCAUUGUCCGUUUACUGUCUUUUACGCAUAUUGCCCCUUAAUUGCAAUUGACGUAAGAAAUGCAGACAGUCACAAUUUUCAAAAAUAAAUUAAAGAGUUUACUUAUAAAAUGUGCUUACUACAACAUAAACGAAUUCGAAAAUUUCGAAAUACUUAAGUGAUAAUUUGUAUUUAAUUGAAUCGACGAUACUUUGACAUUUUGUAAUUCUAAAUC